ACAGCCACCAUGCCCCGAGUUCGCGUUAGUUCAAGCCAAAAUUGCCAUGAGAAGGAAGGUCGGCUCCUACUGGCUGUACAGGCUAUUAAAAAAAAGGAGAUUACAUCAAUACGCGAGGCAGCACGUCGCUUCAAUGUGCCUGAAUCUACACUACGUACGCGACUACGCGGGACUACAAAUCGCGCCGAAUCUCGCGCAAAUGGCCAUAAAUUGACUGAGAUUGAAGAGGAAGUGCUUAAGCAGUGGAUUCUCUCUUUAGAUCUACGCGGAGCAGCUCCUACAAAAGCUCAUGUACGAGAAAUGGCUAAUAUUCUGCUUGCAAAGCGUGGUUCCACCCCAAUCCAGACUGUCGGCCAGAAAUGGGUAUAUAAUUAUACUCAACGCCACCCGGAGCUUGAGUCUCGCUUGUCAAGGCAAUACGACUGCCAGCGAGCAAAGCAAGAGAACCCAAAGGUUAUUCAAGCAUGGUUUAACACCGUACGAGCCACAAUCGAACAAUACGGGAUCCUACCGGACGAUAUCUACAACUUUGAUGAGACUGGCUUUGCAAUGGGCCUUUGUGCACAUCAGAAAGUGAUUACCAAGUCAGAGUCAUGUGGCCGAAGACCAGUUCUACAGCCAGGAAACCGUGAAUGGGUUACUGCAAUUGAGUCAAUCAGUGCUUCUGGAUGGGCACUUCCACCAACACUUAUCUUUAAGGGCAAGCAGUAUAACCAAGCAUGGUUUACAGGCCUUCCGCCCGACUGGCGAUUUGAAAUUAGUACAAAUGGAUGGACAACUAAUGAAAUUAGCCUUCGCUGGCUUCAGAAGCAAUUUAUCCCGUCAACAGAGCAUCGUACGCGCGGAAGAUAUCAACUUCUAGUUCUUGAUGGCCAUGGAAGCCAUCUUACACCAGAGUUUGAUCAAAUCUUUUUGAAGCGCUCGUACGCCAGCUUGGUUGAUCAGAAAAUGCGGCUUGGCAUCAGCCAUAUUGACAAACUUGAUUUCCUUGCAGCCUAUCCACAAGCUCGAAUCAGCACAUUUAAGCUGGAUACAAUCAGAAACAGUUUUCGAGCAGCAGGACUAGUGCCAUUGAAUCCUGAACCAGUGCUUUCAAAGCUUAGUAUUCAGGCUCGUACGCCUACACCCCCUGGAAGCCGUGGCAGCCAGGCAAGCACUUUUUGCCCACAUACACCAGCAAAUGUUGAUGAGCUUCUAAAGCAAGCUUCUUUACUCAGAGAUUUUCUCAAACAGCGCUCAAAAAGUCCACCAUCACCGUCCCAUAAUGCCCUAAACCAGCUAAUUAAAGGCUGUCAAAUUGCAAUGCAAAAGGGCAUACUAUUGGAGCAAGAGAAUAGGGCGCUACGUGCUGAAAAUGCUAUACAAAGGCGAAAGCGAGCUCGUACGCAUAGAUGGAUAGCUCAUGAUAAUGGUCUGUCUGUACAAGAGGCUACAGAGCUCGAGGAAGCUCAUAAUGCGUCUUUUCAGGCAAUACCUGGUCCAUGCGGGCCACCAGCAGAAGGUGCACAAACACCAAAGGCACGGGCAUUACCUACAUGUAGUACCUGCCAUAGAAUUGGGCAUAGAAGAAAUGCUUGUCCAAAUAAAUAA